UCUGCUGGAAGCCGGCGGAGUUCAUCGGCUCCUCUGCAGAGGCCGUUCCCCUCUCAUUUCUUCCGCACCUACCUCUAUCUGCUCGGCGGCGAUGGCUGCUCCCUCCGCCGCCCUCUCCAUAUCCGGUGUGGCGCAUACCAGUCCAUUUGGCUGCAGGCCGAAGAAGCUGAUCUUAAACAGAAAUUACUUGCAGCUUGCAGUUCCCUCAAAUUCCCAAAAUGCAAAUCAUUAUGGAAAGUUAACCGUCUGCAGAGCAGAAAGUGAAGAUUCUAAAGGCGGGGGAGGAUUCUUGACUGGAUUUCUUAUAGGGGGAGCAGUCUUUGGAACACUGGGUUAUGUCUUUGCUCCUCAGAUCAGCAAAACUUUAGAUACAUUGCUGAAUGACGAUGAGCAAGAUGGUAAGCCUGACGAGCAAGGCUUCCAAAGUGUACCAAGGCCACGUAAUGCUCAAUACUAUGAUGAAGGUUUAGAGAAAACUCGUCAGACACUGGGUGACAAGAUAAGCCAACUGAACCUUGCGAUUGACAAAGCUGCCGCCCGAUUGAAGCGUGUCACUGGCAGUGUCGAAAAAGAGGCUGUUAAAGAUGAAACCGAAAUUGAAAUGUCAACACUGGAUGAUAAUGGAGUUUUGGAGGAAAACUUGAGUGAACAGGGUUUUGUGCAAGGAGAAAGUGCAAUAUAAUGAUCAUAUCGUGUGAGUAGCAGCAUUGCCAGGUAAUAUUUCGGCGGGCAAGCUGAUGGCACUCUAUUCAACUAACGGGCACAGCCAAAAUGAUUGCAACUAGGUCCUUGGAGAUUUUUCCCGUGUUCAGCUGUUGUUGCUGUAGUUCUGUAUACUCUUCACCGCAUCAGCUCCAAAACUUAUAUGAAAAUUGAUUGAUUUAGAACCGGUGGUCUAAUCAGUUGAGUGGCAUGUGAUUCUUUGAAUCUAUUGUGUACUACUCCAUCCGUCCCAAAAUAAGUGUCUUAACUUUGUGCUAACUCUAAUGCAAAUUUGUACUAAGUUUGAGACAAUUAUUUUGGGACGGAGGGAGUAGUACUUACUAGUAGUAGGCAAUGGUCUGCGUGUUUUAAACUGUCUGAGAAGAAAUCAACUGAUGGCAUCAGAAUGAUAUCAACUAGAAAUUCCAUUUCCUUGGACAUUUUCUUGGUGUUCAAGAUGUAUUGUUGUAUACUCCGCUGCUGCGUCAGCUCCAAAACUUCCAUGGAGAUUGUAAAAUUUAGAAUUGGUGGCCAAAAUAGCUGUGUGGCGUAUGAUUAACUGAA